AUGAUCAAAGGGAGUGAUUAUUACAGUGGAGGUGAAGCUGAUUCAAGUUUCUUCAGUUGCAGCCCAGUAGAAGUCAACACAUCCAGAGACAGCUCCACAAGAAGGCACCCAUCUCCUGCAUCCAGUUUCUGCGCUCAUCACGACUGGAAUCUAAGCAGUGGCCAUCAAGCAAAGCGAGCCAGAGUCGAAAAUAUCAUCAAAGGCAUGACAAGCUCUCCUGGUAUGCACAGCACAGAUGUGUUGACACCACAGUAUGAGCAGACAGAACACAUGAAGGAGGACGAAAGGAAUGGAGAAUUGCCUCUACAUCAGGAGAACGUGGCAAGAAGCGGCAUAAGUCACAGCCAGAGAAGACCGCAGCACCUGCGGCAGCUCAGGACAAGGUUUUACCAUGUUGAUGAAGUAACUACAGACAAUAAUAAGGCAGAGAAAUACCCCACCUGGAAUAUUUCUCCUGACACCUUUCCAAAAGAUGCUUUUACAGACUUUGACCUUGAGUGGCAGAAAUAUCCAAGCUGGAGGAAGGGGAAGCUCAUGAAUUUUUUCCAACCCAAACCGGAGAGAGUAAAGCUCAUGGCAGAUGUUUUAAAGCAUGAACUGUCCAGAGCUGUGAGCAGGAGUGUUGACUCAGUUUUUAAAAGUGUGCCUCUUCUACAGACAGCACCACACAAUGAGGACGUAGGGAUAGAAAAGCCUCUUCAGUCAUCAUUGUGUGAAGACAAAAAAAUAAGACUUUCAUGUGAUGGGUAUGCAAAGGUGCAGAUACCAGAUGUUCAAUCGGAAGCUCUGUCACUGGUUGUACAAAAGCCAAGACUGGAAAGAUGUGAUCAGCGUAUCGUCCAACCCAGAUCAAGAGCUCCUCAUAAUCUAAAACCUCAUCAGUCGUUCAGUCAUGACUCUGCUUUGCACGACAACUGGCUGCUGCAGAAGAAUCACAACACUCCCCGUCAACAAGUCCUCGGAAGCUCUGAGGUUGUCCAAGCAAAUUCUGAGAUGUUUGACACACAGUGGACUUCAGUCAAAGUGAAACCAAAGGUCAACUCCAGACGUGCGAGGAGCCCGCACACUGCCACUGUGGAUCCAGUGCUUCAUGGACGCCUGUGCUUCCCUCGUGUCAAGAUUGAGUCUGACAGCGUGGUGAAGCAUCACCCAUACAUGCUGAACGAGGGUCUGACUACAAACCAUUUGAAGAAAGCAAAGCUCAUGUUCUUUUACACUCGCUACCCAAGCUCACUGGUCCUGAAGACGUGUUUCCAUGACGUGCAGUUCACACGCUGCAUCACCUCUCAGCUCAUCAAGUGGUUCAGCAACUUCAGGGAGUUUUACUACAUCCAGAUGGAGAAGUUUGCUCGUCAUGCACUCGUGGAGGGAGUGGCCGAUGUGAGAGAUCUGACAGUGGGAAGAGAAUCAGAACUUUUCAGAGCUCUUAACAUGCACUACAACAAAGCCAGUGACUUCCAGGUCCCUGACAGAUUUGUCGAGGUUGCCGGGAUUACACUGAGAGAGUUUUACGUUGCAAUUUCAAUGGGCAAAGAUCAUGAUCCAUCCUGGAAGAAAGCGAUCUACAAGGUGAUCUGUAAACUGGACGGUGAUGUACCAACUGAAUUCAAGAGUCAUCAGUCCAGAUAA